UAAGAACACUUGCCCCGGUGCGAUAGCGUCACAGUGGGCAGGCGUGGCCGUGGGUGUGGUGGUCCUAGGAGGCGCAGUCGGCGACGGCGAGCAUCAUGGUCCCCCUGGCUCGCUAGUUCACAGGCGGACAAAGGAGCUCACCGCGUCGGUCUUGUUUUUGAGGGAGGACGGUAGACACUUCCCGGAGAUGCACUGAGCGUUCUCCUCGACCCAGACCUGCUUGUAACACAUCAACUGUGGAAGAUGAGCAAGUCCCCGACCCCUAAGGGGACCCCGGUGCAGCGCAGCCCCAGUGAUGGGGUCCCGGAGGGCCUCCAGUCUCCUCAGCAGUCAACACCCAGCUCCGAGCCGGUUCUUAAGAAACGCAUCUCCAGCCUCCUUCAGAGUCCGUCAUUCAAGGAAGAGCUGGAUGUUCUGAUUCAGGAGCAGAUGAAAAAAGGCGGCAACUCCUCCAACCUAUGGGCCCUCAGACAGUUGGCGGACUACAUGGCCCUGCAUGGCUCCCCGGCCUCCCUACCGGUCUCCCCAUCCAACAUGAUGAUGGUUACGCCCAUUAACGACCUGCAGGCCUGUGAUCCUGGCACCAUGGUGAAGGGGGAACGACUGAUGCGCUGCAAACUCGCCAGCAUCCAUCGUCUGUUCGAUCUUUACGGCUGGGCCCAGAUCGGUCACACUUCUCUCACUCUGCGAGUUAGCAAAGAACUGGAACAUUUCUUGUUCCCAGAUGGCCUGGCCUACAGCGAGGUAGCUGGAUCAAGCCUGGUGAAGGUGAAUAUCUUGGGGGAAAUAGUGGAAAAGGGCAGCACCAACCUGGGCGUGGACACGGAGAAGUUCAGUCUGCUCGCCAUCUACUCCGCCCGCCCCAACGUUCGCUGUCUGCUUCACCUUCACACACCAGCCACAGCUGCAGUGUCAGCCGUUAAAAGCGGCCUCCUGCCCAUGUCCCACGAGGCCCUGCUGGUCGGCGACGUCGCCUACUUCGAAUACAACGGCGUCAUGGAGGCGGAGGAAGAACGUGUGGAGCUUCAGAAGAGCCUGGGGCCAACUUGCAAAGUGCUGGUGCUUAGAAACCACGGAAUAGUCGCCCUGGGGGAGUCCGUGGAAGAGGCCUUCUUCACCAUCUACCACAUCCAGGCUGCCUGCCAGAUUCAGGUGUCAGCACUGUGCAGUGCGGGCGGUGAGAAGAACCUGAUCAUGCUGGACCGCACCACCCAUAAACCCAACUACGCCGGCACCGUGGGCAGGGCCGGCUCCACCUUCGGCCCCAUGCACAAAAGCCGCAUCGGAGAACACGAGUUCGAGGCCCUCAUGAGAACCUUAGAUAAUUUGGGGUACCGUACAGGCUACGCGUACCGUUUCCCCUUGCUUCUGGAAAGAUCGCGAACCCGGAGGGAUAUAGAAGUCCCUGCAACCGCCACAGCUUUCCACCAGUUUGACGACGACGGGCUUCCUCUGGGUCUCAAGCAGCACCCUUUCACUCAGCGCCAGCAGCAGGAGAGAACUCGAUGGCUCAACACCCCGAAUACCUACCAAAAAGUCAGCCAGGAGCAGGCCAGUCCUGGACAGCGCACCUCCUGGAUGAAGGCCGAAGAGGUGACACAAGCUGGCGGUACGUCCAUGAAGAUGGAGAACUCAAACCAGUUCGUCCCUCUGUUUACCAACCCCCGAGAGGUGAUCGAGACCCGGAAUAAGAUCCGACAGCAGAAUCGCCAGGACAUGAAGACCGCAGGCCCACAGUCUCAAGUCCUGGCUAGUGUAAUUACAGAUGAUAGUCCUCCGUCUCCGGUCACGCCGCCCCAAGUCCCGCCGGAACCUGAAACUCCCAACCCCUUUAACCAGCUGACCGACCAGGAACUGGAGGAGUACCGGAAAGAAGUGCAGAAGAAACAGGACGUUGGGACCAAUGGGGAGGAGGUGGCAAUUGAGACUUCCCCUGCUACCUCCCCCACGAACCAGCCUCCCAUCACAGGGGAUGCAAAGACAGACACUCCGGUCAUUCAGAACGGAGGGGAAGAGGAAAAGCAGACGACGGAAGAGCUGGAGAAAAGCAUGAAGGCCCUUUCCACCAAUGACACCGCCGCCCCGCCCGCCAAACCACAGGGCGGGACCCCCGAGGGCUCGCCGUCAAAGUCGCCGUCGAAGAAGAAAAAGAAGUUCAAGCCGCCGUCGUUCCUGAAGAAGAGCAAGAAACAGAAGGAGAAAGUAGAAACCUGAGCUGUUUUUUUGUGUGUAAAAUAGUAACAGACCGGUGGGGGUGACUGCUUUUCCAACACAGUAACAACGCCAAUGACGGACUUGGUGGUCCGACAGAUGGUCACACUUUUACACUUUGGUUCAAAGGGGACAAAACCCCCAACCUCUCAUUUUCACCUCACUUCUCAACACUUUCUCAUUUCUUUCUGUCACCAUGACUCAAAACGCCAAUGAGUCUCCACUUUGCAUAUUGGAGUCAAGAACUGUUCUGAAGAUAUCCUCCUGAAGACCAGCGUCCUCUGUAGUGAUCAUUUAUCUUUUGCAUAACAGGGCUGUCCGUUUCUCUAAAACGUGUAUCUUUGAAGAAAUAGACCAAAAAAACGAAUAUCUACGGCAGAGGACGCUGUCACGAGACUCGUUUCCAGUGAGGGUUGGACUCCGCCAAGGCUGUCCUUUGUCACCGAUUCUGUUCGUAACUUUUAUGGACAGAAUUUCUAGGCGCAGUCAAGGCGUUAAGGGGUUCCGGUUUGGUGGCCGCAGGAUUAGGUCUCUGCUUUUUGCAGAUGAUGUGGUCCUGAUGGCUUCAUCUGGCCAAGAUCUUCAGCUCUCACUGGAUCGGUUCGCAGCCGAGUGUGAAGCGAAUCAGCACCUCCAAGCCCGAGUCUAUGGUUCUCGCCCGGAAAAGGGUGGAGUGCCAUCUCCGGGUUGGGGAGGAGAUCUUGCCCUAAGUGGAGGAGUUCAAGUACUUUGGAGUCUUGUUCAAGAGUGGAUCGUGAGAUCGACAGGCGGAUCGGUGCGGCGUCUUCAGUAAUGCGGACGUUGUAUCGAUUCAUUGUGGUGAAGAAGGAGCUGAGCCGGAAGGCAAAGCUCUCAAUUUACCGGUCGAUCUACGUUGCCAUCCUCACCUAUGGUCAUGAGCUUUGGGUCAUGACCGAAAGGACAAGAUCACGGGUACAAGCGGCCCGAAUGAGUUUGGGUCUCUCCCUUAGAGAUAGGGUGAGAAGCUCUGCCAUCCUGGUGGAACUCAAAGUAAAGCCGCUGCUCCUCCACAUGGAGAGGAGCCAGAUGAGGUUGUUCGGGCAUCUGGUCAGGAUGCCACCCGAACGCUUCCCUAGGGAGGUGUUUAGGGCACAUCCGACCGGUAGGAGGCCACGGGGAAGACCCAGGACACGUUGGGAAGACUAUGUCUCCCGGCUGGCCUGGGAACGCCUCGGGAUCCCCCGGGAAGAGCUGGACAAAGAGAGGGAAGUCUGGGCUUCCCUGCUUAGGCUGUUGCCCCCGGGACUCGACCUCGGAUAAGCGGAAGAAGAUGGAUGGAGAGGACGCUGGGUCUCAGGAGGAUCUACACAAAAUGUACACAAAUGCAGCUUUUUAAUUCCCUAAAAUAGUUCACCCUUCAUCCCCGUAUACAACAAUGUAAAUGUGAUCGUAGCAUCUAAUGGUUUAGCUAUAAGUAUCACCUUGAUGUCGCAGGUAUACUAAUGUACUGAUAGCUACUGAUUGUGCUCUGAAUGCUGUUUAUUGUAAAUCAAGCCGACGAUCGAUGUUAUUAAAGCAAGAAAAAAAAACAGACCAAAGCUGGCAAAAUCGUAAAAAAAAAGUGGGUAUCGAUAAAAUAUGUUUGUAACUGCAGCUUGAAGACUUGUAUAUAUAUACUGAAGGCACUCAUCAGUCCACAUGUUCCAUUUACCUGCAGUACAAGCCAGAGGUUUGGACACACCUUCUCAUUCAA